AUCGGACUAGUCCCAGAGCAGAAGGAGGUCAUUCAAGCUUUAUUCACGGUUCGAAAAGAGAUUAAACAAAAACCAAGUCAACCGACACAUGCUACAACCGCCAACAAGGCAGGGAGGCUUGUCACAACGGAAUGGCUGGCCGGUUUGGAAGAUGGGCAGAGUGCUCGAAUCUACAUGAACCCCGACGACGCUAGGCCGAGAAGCAAAAUGUUCAAGAUUGCAUUUGCACAGUUCAUGGGUACUGUCGCCGUCCCACUACCCGUCGUCGGAUCGACUAAUAGAAGCAGAAUUUGA